AUGAGGCCACAGCCAUCGGCGGCCGCGGCUCAACGCAAAAAACAGGACGAGAUUAAUUCGAAGAAGAUCAGGUGAGUGAUUGAUAACAUGGGUAUGAAAUAUUUGGGAUAUAUGAUGAGUAAUAGGUGACAGUUGGAAUGAUAGUCAAUGUAAAAUGGUGGUUUUUGUUAAAAUAAGCCUAAAACGUAGAUUUUUUGUUAAAUUAAGCCAAACGGUUUUUGUUAAAUAAGGAUAAGAAAAUAAGCCUGAAACACAUUUAUAGGUUAAAAUAAGCCUAAAACUUAUUGUGGGAGUGUAAAGUACGUGGAUACGGAUAUCACUUCGGGGUCACAAAAGUCUUGUCGUCAGUUUAUAAGAAAAUAAAUCGACGACAAGACUUUUUUGCCCGCUUAAUAACUGACUAAAAUAAGCCUAAAAUGACUUUAAACGUUUUGAGUAAGUCCAAAUUUAAUCUAGUGUUCUUCAAUUAACCUAAGAGUUGUUAACAUAAGUUCAAAAUUUACUUUUUCAUUGAAAUAAGCCUAAAGUUUACUCUAACAGUUUUGAAUAAGCUUAAUUUUAACCUAUUGCUUUAUAAUAAGCCUAAAAUUUGUUAUCAGCAGCUAAAAUGUAACAAGUAAAGGUUUUUUAAUAUAAAUAAGCCUACAGUUUAAUUUUUAAUAGGAAUAAGCCCAAAAUGACACUAACAGUUUUGAAAAGGCCUAAGUUUAACCUAUUGUUCUAUAAUAAGCAAGUUUUUUAUCAGCAGCCUAAAUGUAAUAAGUAAGGAUUGUUUAACAAAAAAAGCCUAAAAUGCAAAACAUAAUUUAAGCCUAAAAAAUUAGUUACGAUGACUUUAUAGGCAGCUCUUGCAUCAAGAAGAAAACAAGUACUGUUUCGAAUGUGGCCAACGUGGCCCCACCUACGUCAACGUGACCAACAGCAGUUUUUGCUGUAUGCAUUGCUCCGGGUUACUGUAAGUUUUUCUUAAUUUCAAAAAAUAGUUUUAAAAAUAAAAAAAAUUUUAAAUUUCGAAAAUUCAAAUUUUUUUCAAAAUUUUAGUAAAAAAAUAAAAAGUUUUUGGUUUAGGAAACCACAAACUAAGAUGUGACUUUUUAAGCCUUUUUUGCAAUAUAGUUCUUUGAACUUUUUAAAAAUUUACAAAAAUUUCGUUUUUUCACUUUUUCUUUUAAAUUUCAAAUUUUUCUCCAAAAAUUCUAUUGUUCUCCCCUAAAAACAUUCUCUUAGACGAGGCCUUCAUCCCCCGCACCGUGUCAAGUCCAUCUCGAUGGCAACCUUCACCAACGAGGAAGUGGAACGAUUGCGGAACGGUGGCAACAAACUCAACGCCUACAUCUUCCUCGGCCUAUACGAUGGUAGGAGCAAGUUUGAGCCGCGACUAGACGAGGAGGUGAGGAAGCAUUUGGUCGAGAAGUACGAGAAUAAACGAUGGUAUGUGAGUCCGAAUGAUGUGGAACUACAGAAACGGCUUCUGGAAGAGUGCACGGAGCCGCAUCGACGGAACAGUUUGAGUGGAAUGUCGGUGAAAAGUCAUAAAAGCAAUCAGUCAGCACCUCCGAAUUUGCAUACCUCCAAGCCGGUAAGGGUGCUUUUGGAUUUGGAGGUAUAGAGUUAAGGGUUUGGGAUUUAGGCUUUAUUCUUGAGCUUUACCUUAAUUAUUAGGGUUUAGGCUUAGGUUGGGGUUAGGCUUAAAUUUUUAGGUUUAUGCUUUGAGCUUUAUGGUUUUAGGCUUAUUUUUUAAAGCUUUAGGGUUUUACUUCGAACUUUAGGCUUAAUUUUUUGAUUUUAGGCUUAUUUUAAGGUAAUAAAAACCAUAAAACAAUUUUUUUUUUCAAAAAAGUUUCAUUUUCAGCAAGGCCCAAUCGACAUUCUAACCGGUGACCUACUAGACCUCAGUUUCAACCCUCCAACUUCACAUAACCCACCCCCACCCGAACCAAAAACCUUACCCGAGGACGAUUGGACAUCCCUCUUCAUAAAUCCACCGCCACAGCCAAAAGCACCCCUCCAACCUACAACUUCAUUCCCUUUCGCUGCCACUUCCACAAUACCACCCCCACUCCAGUUCCCCAUGCCUGCCAUACCCCCGCCCAAGUCCAAAGACCAUCCAGGGACUUCGCAUUCGACCAGCUUUGCUGAAUUUGAAAAUUCGACCGGUAAAAUUAGUGGAAACAACGAGUUUUCAACGCCUUCUGGAUGGGAAUGUAAGUUUGGAUAUAAGUUUGGGGUUCAUUUAGAAUGGGGUUGGGCGGGGUAGAUUUUUUUAAAUUAAGGUUUGGAAGAGGGGGGAGGAGUUAAAUUUGUUUUUGGGGUGGGUUUUUUGAAUAUGUGGAUUUCAAAAUUUUUCUUGAGAUCUUUUUUUUAUGAAAAAUGGCAUUUUUAAGAAUUAAAACCAUGUUCCUGGUCAAAAAGUUUAUAGAACCGUCCUAUUUUCAGCGUUUUCAUCGUCCGGAGUACCAAAAUCAGCGACAACCGGCUUUUUACAACCAGUCAAUCAACAACAACCUCAGGUAGGUAAAAAUUAUUAACAGGAUACAGAUUUUUAUCCCGCACCGUGCAAAAAGUUUUAAAUCUGCACGGUGCAACGCUUUUUCGCUGCACCGUGCAGUUUUUUAAAUUUUGUUUGCACCGUGCAAAGCUUUUUUUUGUAAAAUACGAACACUAAUUUCAAAAACUUUCAGGCCCAGUUUGACCCCUUCUCCUCCCUAAAUCAACCAAAAAAGACCCCACCACCACUUCCUCAGAGUCGACCGGUCGCCAGCCUUUCCAAUAACGGCACAGAUCCUUUCAAGACUCCAGUUCAGUCGGAAACGCCACCAACUGACAACUGGAACCCUUUCCUCAGCUAA